AUGGCUUUUGAUGCGGGGAACUUCCUCGUAUGCAAUUUAGCGUCAUUUUCGUCAUUGCUACCAUCAUCUUCAUCAUCGUUGUCACCUACUACUCACAAAAACAAUGAUGAGAAUGAUGAAGAUGAAGAAGAAGAUGAUGAAGAGGAGGAGGAGGAGGAGACUAAUGAAGGAGGCAACGAUACUGAAGAUGGCAACGAUGACAAUGACACAGAAAAUGAUGAAAGUGAUGGUGAAGAGGAUGACAACGAAGAAGAGGAAGAUGAUGAUAAAAGUGACGAUAGUCACGAUGAUGAUGAUAGUUUUUUUAAGAGCAUAGCCUCGCAGCGUACAAUUUUCAUUAAACAACCCCAGCGUCAACUACCGCAGCAGCAACAUCGUCAACAACAACAAAAUCUUCAACCAGUCAACAAACCACAAAAACAAGAUGGAGUCAUGUUGCUGCUGGCUCACGUAAACAGCCGUCAGAGCGAUUUUGUUACUAUUAAUUCGAAUGGACUUAUUUGUCUAUGGAAACAUGAUAGACAAUUCUUGAAGAAAGGGGAAUCAGAGAGUGACAGUCACAUCGAGCCGAGUAGGUGCUUGAAACUUAAAAUGAAAAAAUCCAUCUACUCGCCAUCAUUAUCGUCGUCGUCAUCACCAUCAUCAUCGUCGUCGUCGUCAACAUCAACUUCAUCAUCUGAUGACAUACACAUCAUGUUCGUACAGGGCAUGGAUGAUAGCCGCAAUGAAAUGAAUUUGCAGACAGCGGAGAAACACAUAGAGAAGCACAUGAAGAAUGGCUGGUUACUGUACUCCAGUAACAUUCUUCAAGGAGGCCAGUAUGUUACCUCAGUGUACAAGCCUAUGGAGGAUAUAAGCAGCAGUGCCAUCAUCAAUAAUGGCACCAGCAACCAGAACAGCAACAACAUGCCACUCAACAUCAACAGCAGUAACACCCUGCUUCUCAACAAAAACAAUCGCUACCAGCACUUUAGUAACAUUUCGGCGUUGUCGCCACCUUACAGUAGCCACAACGGCCACGACAACAGCCACUUCAACAACAGUAUCGAUGAUAACAUUAGCAGAUUCUACACGGUGACAAGACACACAAAAGAUAAAACUCUGCUAUCAUACUCUUCUCAAUCUUACAGAAAGCGCACUGCUGAAUGUGUUAAAUUCUACGUCUCCAAAGUUGCAAAAACUUCAGUAAAAAAUUCGGAAAUGGAUUCAAAAACCAGGUCUCAGAGGUCAAAGGUCAACGAAGAUGGAAAUAAUAGCAAGAGUGGAAACAAAUAUAACGAUAAAGUGAUGGGUGAUGGUUGGGAAGAUGGCGAGCAGAAUUUUGUGGCAGUCAUCUUGCUCUAUCCGCCGUUCGCAAGUGGUGCUGCUGGUGGUGGUGGUCAUCACGAAGGAGGUCAUUCGUUCAUCUAUAUGAAAUUUUUAAUUACGAUUUUGAAGGCUACUUUAAUAAAUUUUUCGCAUUAA